CAUACACAGUCACACUCACACAAUCAUACACACACAGCCGCCUCCUCCUCUUCUGCUGCUGUCAUAUUGCUACAUCACUAUGCACUGCACGAACUGAUAUUAAACACACUCACACAGAGACACACACAUGAGGCUUUAAGGCACUGCUCUCAAUCUCUGCAGCUCUUUUUAUAUAUAUAGAGAUGCUCAAAUGCAAACACACAUAUAUAUAGCCAAAUACACAAACAUACUCAAUUGCACACAGAUAUAUAGCCACAUACACAGAGAUACAUAGUUACAGACAUUCUACAGCUCUCUGGCAAAUUUAAUUUGCUCUGUAAUUAUAAAUAGAGGCACAGAUCUCUACAGGCACCAUGUCAGGAACCAAAUCCCCUUUUAAAAAAAGAGCCAGUCUGCAGGCUCCAACCUCAGCAGAUAUUCGGGGGUCUCCUUUUCACCCUUUGCAGUCAGCCAAGUCAUUUUCUGGUUCUCCCCAUAGUCUGAAGCAUCUGAGUCGAGAACUGAGAACAUCCAUGGAGGGGAAGUACAAGGAAAUAGCAGAGGAACUUUUCAGUCGUUCCCUUGCAGACAGCGAAAUGCGUUCAGCUCCCUAUGAGUUUCCAGAAGAGAGUCCUAUUGAGAAGCUUGAGGAAAGGAGACAGCGUCUGGAGAGACAGAUUAGCCAGGACAUUAAAUUUGAGCCUGACAUUUUAAUUAGAGCUAAACAAGAUUUCAUGAAAAUUGACAGCAACUCGGACUUAGAGUAUUUCAGAGAGGCAAAUGAAGACUAUGUGGAUUAUCUCCCUAAAGAGGUUAUUACUGAGCGAGAGUAUCUGCGAGUUUCCAUUGCAGGGGAUGAAAAAUGUGGGGUCCCAUUUACAGACUUGCUGGAUGCAGCUAAGAGUGUGGUUCGAGCUUUGUUUAUGCGCCAGAAGUACAUGAAUCUGUCAUUUCAAAGCUUCUGCCGAAUAACAGCCCAGCAUCUAAAGGCGCUCAGUGAGGGAAGCAUGGACAGUCCCCUACAGGAGGAGACACCCGACACCCCUAUAGCAGCAGAUGUCCCUGUGCAUCCUCCUUUUUCAGAGCAGCACCCAUAUGAAGUGUGUGAUCCCAGCACCAUGCCACCUGACACUGGGUUCGGACUGAAGAUGGUCGAUGGUGUAGUUCAUGUGUACACUAAGCGUGAAAUAACUGAUUCGAGCACAGAGCUUGAUCUUCCAUAUCCAGACCUGUCAGAAUUUGUUGCUGAUAUGAAUGUUCUGAUGGCCCUGAUCAUCAACGGACCUAUUAAGUCAUUCUGCUACCGCCGGCUGCAGUACCUCAGUUCCCGCUUCCAAAUGCAUGUUUUGCUCAAUGAGAUGAAGGAGUUGGCAGCUCAGAAGAAAGUGCCUCACCGAGACUUUUAUAAUAUACGCAAGGUGGAUACUCACAUUCAUGCUGCCUCUUGCAUGAAUCAGAAGCAUCUGCUCCGUUUCAUCAAACGAGCCAUGAAGAAAAAUAGUGAUGAAAUUGUGCAUGAGGAGAGAGGAAAGGAGCAGACACUACGUGAAGUCUUCCAGAGCAUGAACCUGUCUGCAUAUGACCUCAGUGUGGAUACUUUGGACAUGCAUGCGGACAGAAACACCUUCCAUCGGUUUGACAAAUUCAAUGCCAAAUAUAAUCCAAUCGGAGAAUCCGUCCUGAGGGAAAUUUUUAUCAAAACCGAUAACAAAGUGGGCGGGAAAUACUUUGCCCACAUCAUCAAGGAAGUAAUGGCAGACUUUGAAGAGAGUAAAUAUCAGAAUGCAGAACUGCGCCUCUCUAUAUAUGGGCGCAGUCGUGAGGAAUGGGACAGCCUUGCUCGGUGGGCUGUCAACUAUAAAGUGCACUCUAACAAUGUCAGAUGGCUUGUGCAGAUCCCCCGACUCUAUGAUGUAUUUCGCAGCAAGAACCAGGUUCCUCACUUUCAGAAGAUGUUAGAAAACAUUUUCCUUCCUCUGUUUGAAGCCACUGUGAAUCCUGCUAGUCACCCAGAACUACACCUCUUCCUGGAACAUGUGGAUGGUUUUGAUAGUGUAGAUGAUGAGUCAAAAUCAGAGCAUCAUAUUUUCAACCUGGACAGCCCGCUACCAGAGAACUGGACAUUAGAUGACAAUCCACCAUAUUCUUAUUACUUGUACUAUAUGUAUGCAAACAUGACCAUCCUUAACCAUCUGCGCAGGCAGCGCGGAUUCCACACAUUUGUGCUAAGGCCACACUGUGGUGAAGCAGGGCCCAUUCACCAUUUGGUAUCCGGUUUUAUGUUGUCACAGAACAUCUCACACGGGCUUUUGCUGCGCAAGGCCCCGGUACUGCAAUACUUGUACUAUCUGGCCCAGAUUGGAAUUGCCAUGUCUCCUCUCAGUAAUAACAGUCUGUUUCUGAGUUAUCAUCGAAAUCCGCUUCCAGAUUUUCUGUCUCGAGGUCUCAUGGUAUCUCUCUCAACUGAUGAUCCACUGCAGUUUCACUUCACAAAGGAACCUUUAAUGGAAGAAUACAGCAUUGCAGCUCAAGUGUGGAAAUUGAGUUCAUGCGAUAUGUGUGAACUUUCAAGGAACAGCGUGUUAAUGAGCGGUUUCCCCCACAAGGUCAAGAGUUACUGGCUAGGCCCUAACUACAUGAGAGACGGACCAGAGGCAAAUGAUAUCCGUCGAACCAAUGUCCCUGACAUUCGGGUUGGGUACAGACAUGAGACUCUCUGUGAAGAACUGAUGCUCAUCACACAAGCUUUGCAGAGCGAGGAACUGGAGCCCAUCCCAGAGGAGAUUCUGUCUAUGGGAGGAGGGCUGGGAGAAAAUGAUAAAGAAGCAGAAGACGAAGGCCUAACAAUGGGGGAUGAGAGGAGGAGAAACUAAGAGCGAGAGAGAGCUGAAGGGGGAGGAGAGUGGUCAAGAGAAAGCCCCUAAAAUAAGAUGGUUGAUUGAGGGAAGCAGUAGGGGCAAAUAAGAGAUUAGAAAGAAAGAGUAAUAUAUUUUUAAAUAUAGCAAAAAUACAUUUAGGUCAUGUGGUGAACAUGGAAAAAGACUCAUAAGUGUAUAGGGAUACUAAAAUAAAGAGUAUAUCUUGGGCCUAGAAGUAAUCAACACAAAUAUUAUGUGCAUGCUCUUGAGAUAGAGAUAAUACCAAGAGUAUAGAAAAUGCUGUAAGCAUGAUAAGAGGGCAAUAACAGUGGAAGAAAUACCCUGAGCAAGUCAGAGAAUAAACGGAAACGAUGAUGGUGAGGAAAAGGUGACAAAAAGAUGUUACCCUGAGAAAGGAAGAACAUAACAGCCAGUAAAAGUAGUUAGACAGCUGGGAGCAGAUCAGAGAAACAGUAGAUUUUGAACUUCCUAAGAAGCAAGAAGAACCCAAUGGAAAGGAGGAAAAAGUAUGACAAUAUUGAAAGAAUGGUGAAAAAUACUUUUUUUAUUAUUAUUAGUUUCAUCAGGGAAGCGAGGCAGAGACUAAAGUAGUGUUGUUGACAUAGUUGCAGUAGUUUUCCAGCAGGUUAGAGGAUUCAUCUAGAAAAACAGAUAACUCUUGGACAAAGACAACUGAUGGCGGCGCUUUACAAAUAAAUGAUAAUAAUAACCGUGUGUGGGUUAGAGUUGCGUAGUGUGGGCAGAGAGAAUACAGAAAGCUGUGCAGAAAACUUAGGAGAGUUGAGAUGUAGAAAAACAGCUAUGUUUAAUGCAGGAGUCAGGGAGCUAGAAUUUUACCCCAGCUCUUAAAAAAAGUGCAGAGCUGGCUUCUGAAUAUUUUGGCUUGUUCCUACGUUUGAUAAAAACCGGCCUAACCCUGGUUUACUGCAAAAGAUGUGUAAUGUGAUAAUACAGCUUCAUACAGCGAGUGUGAGUGUAUGAUUGUGUGAAGUGUGUGGUAUAAUCUGUGAGUGGCAGUUGUCUUUAAUUUUUUUAGUUGUGCAUUUUGUUAUACGCUACACAUUCUCCCAUCUGAGUGCUAAAAGAUAUCAAGCUGAGCACCGACCUCUUACAAACAUGAGAGAGUAAUGUAUAAAUCUUAUCUAAACAUUAGUUAUAAUAUUCUUCUCACACAGAGAUAAGAUAUUUCUAGUGAAUUUAGGGAAUCUUUUCUUUUUGAGAUUUUUUACAUAAACACAGUCAUUCUAGUUUCUAUCUCCUUUGAAUAAAUUCCCUUAAACCUUGGUGUUUAAAAGCACCACAUGUGGUCGCGCCAAUAAACCUGGUCAUCUGAUUAUUUAUUUUAGAUUUGUGAGUAUACUUAUAAAGCAUUAAAUUACAUCUACGGUCAGGAUUUUUUUGCUUACCAUAAACUAGGUUAAAAAUGAUUUAUUGGACCAAAAAAAUAAAUAAAUAAUAUCAUUUAAAUAAAAAGCUUUAUUUAGUUAGAUCUGUGAAAAAUCAAGGAUACAGAAGUAUGUGGUUAUUUUGAUGUGUCACUUUUCUGCAUGCUGUUCAGUGUUUAUUAAUGUGUUUUAGCGCCCAACCAAACUGUCUUUUUCCCCCAACAUGCUGCUAUUGGACACAUUGGAUAAAGACAUUUGCAUGAGAAAUAAAGAUACAUUUAUAUAAA